CGGCUCGCGCGCGGUGGGGCGGCCUCAGGGCCAGUAUUUUGAGUAUUAUACUGAAGCCAAAGCAACAAAACUGCACGUAAUACAUAAAUAACACAACUUGAGAUUGAUCAUGAAGACCUUUUGUGGAAGAGCUAAUCCAACCACUGGUGCAAUGGAGUGGUUAGAAGAGGAUGAGAACUAUGACUACCACCAGGAAAUUGCAAGGUCACGCUAUGCAGAUAUGCUUCACGAUAAAGACAGAAAUGUGAAAUAUUACCAAGGUAUUCGUGCUGCAGUGAGCAGAGUAAAAGAAAGAGGUGAGAAGGCAAUUGUUCUUGACAUAGGGACUGGCACAGGACUCCUGUCUAUGAUGGCAGCUUCAGCAGGUGCAGAUUUCUGCUAUGCAGUUGAGGUUUUCAAGCCCAUGGCUAAUGCUGCUGUGAAGAUAGUGGAGAAAAAUGGUUUUCGUGACAAGAUCAAGGUAAUCAACAAGCACUCCACUGAAGUCACAGUUGGCCCAGAUGGAGAUAUGCAAUGUCGUGCAAACAUCCUGGUAACCGAAUUAUUUGAUACAGAGCUGAUAGGAGAAGGAGCUUUACCAACCUAUGAGCAUGCACACAAGUAUCUUGUACAGGAAGGAUGUGAGGCAGUGCCUCACAGGGCAACAGUGUAUGUCCAAUUAGUGGAAUCCAAAAGAAUGUGGUCCUGGAACAAACUGUUUCCUGUUCAUGUCGAAGCAGAGGAUGGUGAAAAAAUUAUUGUCUCCCCUUCAGAAAUGGAGAACUGUCCAGGUGUUCCUUCUGUUUGUGAUAUCCAACUGAACCAGAUGCCUUCAAGUGACUUCGUUAUCCUUAGUGAUGUGGUGACAAUGUUCAGUGUGGAUUUCAGUAAGCCAGUAAGGAGUGCUUCUACCUACUAUAGAGUGCAGCUGCAGCCUGUAAAAUCUGGCAAGGCACAAAUCGUACUUUCCUGGUGGGAUAUUGACAUGGACCCCUCUGGGAUGAUAAAUUGCACAAUGGCUCCAUACUGGGUAAAAUCCACUUCUGCUUUACAGUGGAGAGAUCACUGGAUGCAGUGUGUAUAUUUUCUUCCAAAUGAGGAGCCAGUUCUCCAGGGUGAGAAGGUGUACCUGACUGCCUGUCGUGAUGAGUACUCUGUGUGGUAUAAGCUGCAGAAAGCCAGAGAAGAGGAGAAUAAAGCAGAUGCUCGUGUUGAGAGUCCCGUUUGUAGAUGUCAGGCUCAUCUUCUUUGGAAUAGACCACGCUUUGGGGAAUUAAAUGAUCAGAACCGAACACGCCAAUACAUCACGUCUUUGAUGAAAGUUCUGAAAACAGAUAGUGUUUGCCUUUGUAUCAGUGAUGGCAGUCCGCUGCCUGUGCUGGCUCACUACCUUGGAGCAAAGCAGGUGUUUACAUUAGAAAACUCUGCUGUGUCCUGUUCUGUUAUGGAAAAAUUUUUUAAAGCAAAUCAUCUUGAAGAUAAAAUUAAAAUAAUAGAAGCACGUCCUGAGUUGCUGACGUCUUCUCAUUUGGAAGAUAAAAAGAUUUCUGUUCUUUUGGGAGAGCCAUUUUUUACUACGAGUUUGUUGCCGUGGCAUAACCUGUAUUUCUGGUAUGCUCGGACAGCUGUGACCAGUCACCUUACCAGCAAUGUCACUGUCCUACCUCAGUCUGCUUCUUUGCACAUGAUGAUUGUGGAGUUUCAGGACUUAUGGAGAAUCCGGAGUCCAUGUGGCACCUGUGAAGGUUUUGAUGUCCAGACUAUGGAUGAUAUGAUUAAAAAUUCUCUGAAUUUUAGGGAAUCCAAGGAAGCAGAGCCUCACCCUCUGUGGGAAUAUCCUUGCAAGUCACUUUCUGACCCCCAGGAAGUUUUGACGUUUGACUUCAGAAAGACUGUACCGCAACACUGUCUCAGCACAGAGGGUUCUGUAAAUCUUUUACGGAAAGGAAAGAGCCAUGGAGCAGUUCUGUGGAUGGAAUAUCAUCUUGCUGCUGAUAUCUCCGUUAGUACAGGACUGAUGCAAAUUUCAAAUGAAAAGGGAAACUGUGAAUGGAAUCCUCACUGCAAGCAAGCUGUCUAUUUCUUCAGUUCUGUUAUUGAAUCAGAAACUCUGUCAGACCUUCCUAGUGCUGUCACAUACGCUAUAAAUUUUGACACAAAGACAGGAGAGAUUGCCAUGGAUUUUAAGCUAUUGUAAAAUAUUUUCCUUUUACUCAUGUUCCUUAAUUAUAAUAAACAUAUAUAGUACUUUUUUGU